AUGAAAAUACUGAGUUUUUUUGUGAUGCUUCUUUUCCUUUACACAUUCCUCCUUUUCCAUUACCUUCAGACAAAGGUAAACACACUUUGCCGAAUGAUGGGAGACCCCAAGCACCCACUGCUUUCCAAGGAGGGAGAUGUAACUAUUGGAGGAAUUUUUGCAGUCCACAGUAAAUUAACAUUAUCUUCUUUUGAGUUUAGAGAAAAACCUCAGCCUCUAUCAUGCUCCAGUGUAAAUCUAAGAGAUUUCCGGAUGGCUCAGAUUAUGAUUUUUGCCAUUGAGGAAAUUAACAGAAGUGAAAGUUUGCUCCCAAAUGUUUCUAUUGGCUACCAGAUUUAUGAUAACUGUGGUUCAAGACUGUUUUCUAUGAAUUCAACUAUGGCACUGAUGAAUGGUCAUGAGUUUGCAGUAGAGGACAGAUGCAAUGGGCAAUCACUUAUUCAUGCUAUCAUAGGAGAAUCAGAGUCUUCAGCCACAGUAAUUCUGUCCAGGACCACAGGAUCUUUUAAAAUUCCAGUGAUAAGUCAGUCAGCCACAUGUGACUGUCUCAGUAAUAGGAAAGAUUACUCCUCUUUCUUCAGGACUAUUGCUAGUGAUUACCACCAGAGCAGAGCACUUGCAUACAUGGUCAAGCUCUUUGGCUGGUAUUGGGUGGGAGCUGUGAACACUGACAAUGAUUAUGGAAACUAUGGAAUGAAUAUAUUCAUCAAUACAGCCCAGGAGGAGGGGAUUUGUGUUGAGUACUCUGUGAAAUUCUACCGAACAGAGCCUGAAAAACUAAAAAAAGUGGUAGACAUAAUAAAACAAGGCACUGCAAAAGUUAUUGUUGCAUUUCUUACCAGUUUUGAGAUGAACAAUCUACUUGAGCAGUUAAGUAUUCAGAACAUUACAGGCCUACAAAUGAUUGGAGUGGAAGCAUGGAUUACUGCAAAUAGUUUGAUCACUCCAAAGAGUUUUAAAUUUUUGGGAGGGUCACUGGGGUUUGCAGUGAGAAAAAUUAAUGUUGAAGGGUUUUCAGAUUAUGUCAUGAAAGAAUUCUGGGACACAGCUUUUCCAUGUUCACAAACUGAGAGGAAUUCUUCUCAAUAUGCACUAAAUUGCAGUGAAUAUCAGGAUCUUCUUCCAGUGAAAAACUAUAAUGAAGAUGUACCAGAACAAAGAUAUGCUAGCAAUGUCUAUAAAGCAGUUUAUGCUGUGGCACAUUCAGUACACAGUCUACUCAAAUGCAGAGAACAAGAAGGUUGUGAGAAAGGCCUGACAAUACAACCACAGCAGGUGGUUGAGGCUCUGAAAAAAACAAAUUUUACUGUAAAAUUUGGAGAUCGUGUAUGGUUUGACAGCACUGGUGGUGCAGUGGCCCAGUAUGAAAUUGUGAACUGGCAGCAGGACUCUGAUGGAUCAAUCCAGUUUAACACAGUGGGAUAUUAUGAUGCCUCACUGCCCCCUGACCAGCGCUUUGUGCUCAACACUGAAAACAUAAUCUGGGUUGGAGGACAGCUGCAGAAGCCAAGGUCUGUGUGCAGUGAGAGUUGUCCUCCAGGCACUAGGAAGGCUACACAAAAAGGAAGACCUGUCUGCUGUUAUGACUGUAUUCCAUGUGCAGAAGGAGAAAUCAGUAAUGAAACAGAUUCGAAUAACUGCAGGCAAUGUCAAGGGGAAUACUGGUCUAAUGCUGAGAAAAAUGAAUGUGUUUUAAAAGCUGUAGAGUUUCUGUCAUUCACGGAAGUUAUGAGUAUUGUGCUAGCCUUUUUCUCACUGUUUGGCGCAGGAUUAACUGUGCUGGUAGCCAUCCUUUUUUACAUCAAGAAGGACACCCCCAUAGUUAAAGCCAACAACUCAGAGCUGAGCUUUCUGCUGCUCUUCUCAUUGACUCUUUGUUUCCUCUGUUCUCUUACUUUCAUUGGUCGGCCCACUGAGCUGUCCUGUAUGUUGCGUCACACAGCAUUUGGAAUCACCUUUGUCCUCUGUAUCUCCUGUGUUCUGGGGAAAACAAUAGUGGUGUUAAUGGCCUUCAAGGCUACACUUCCAGGUAGUAAUGUCAUGAAAUUGUUUGGGCCUGCACAACAACGACUCAGUGUUUUUGCCUUUACACUAAUACAGGUUCUUAUCUGUGUGCUAUGGAUAACAAUAUCUCCCCCAUUUCCACAUAGAAAUACAAAAUAUUAUCAAGAAAAAAUCAUUCUUGAAUGUCAUCUAGGUUCUAUUAUAGGAUUCUCUGCUGUUUUGGGUUAUAUUGGCCUACUGGCUGUUUUGUGCUUCGUUUUGGCUUUUCUGGCUCGCACACUGCCUGAUAACUUCAAUGAAGCCAAAUUCAUUACAUUCAGUAUACUCAUAUUCUGUGCUGUAUGGAUUACAUUUAUACCAGCUUAUGUCAGUUCCCCUGGAAAAUUUACUGUAGCUGUGGAGAUAUUUGCCAUUGUAGCCUCAAGCUUUGGUUUACUAUUAUGCAUUUUUGCACCUAAAUGUCUCAUCAUUCUGUUUAAGCCUGAACAAAAUACAAAACAACAUAUGAUGGGGAAAGUACCAACUAAGUCCAUUUAAUUACUUAA